AUGGAUCCGUUUGUAAACCUCAAGAUCGUCUCAAUCUUCACCGUCCUUGCGACGUCCAUCAUUGGCGUCAUGCUUCCUGUCCUUCGCUGGAGAAAGGAGGGUCCCAAGACGGCAGAGGAGCCUUCCUUCUGGUUCUUCCUGCUCCGAGCGUACGCAGCUGGCGUCAUGCUGGCGCUGGCGUUCGUGCACAUCAUCUCCGACGCUUUCUCAGUCAUGGAUGGGUUGACGGGCAACUUCCCCAUCGCGUCUGUUCUCGUCAUGGUGGGCGUGAUGCUCAUGAUGCUGGUCGAGCGAGCUUCUCUCGACUUCGGGUCUCGCUGCUUCGGAAGCUCAGGCGACGCCGCCAGGGUCUGCUGCCACUCGGACGUGCACCAGCACUCGCACGGGUGCCUGCGACAUGCGCAUCAGUCCAACGACUGUCAUCACGAGGACGCGGAAGAAAUCUUCGUCAUCGAGAGUCAUGCCCUGCCUCCACAUGUCCCUCACGCUGUAGCUGACGAGGAGCUGGGGACUUCCGUACCUCCGUCGCUGGAGGCUCUCAAGGCCGCAGACCUUCCUCAAGUCAGCGGCGAUGCACAAGGAGAUCUGGCCGACGUUGUGGACGCCAAGCCGCGGGUGAUGCUGGGGAUGCUUGAGUUCGGCAUCGUAGUGCACUCGGUGAUCAUAGGGAUGGAUCUGGGAGUGAGGACGCAGAAGCCGAGCGCCAUCGUGGGGCUGAUGAUUGCUCUCUGCUUCCAUCAGUUCUUUGAAGGCCUCGGCCUCGGAUCCUGCAUCGCUUACGUCAUGCAUGAGCACGGAUCGGCGAUGCAAUGGCCCAAGAUCAUGCUCAUGGUGAUGCUCUUCUCCAUCACGUUUCCCCUCGGCGUAGCGCUGGGGAUGAUCAGCAUCGCUGCGCAGAGCUUUCAUGCUCAAGAUCUGUUCCAUCCUUGGCUGCAAGGAACUCUCGACGCUUUGAGCGGAGGCAUCCUGGUUCACCUAGCCUUCAUUCACUUCAUCUCAGAGGAUUUCAGUCGGACGGACAUCAACUCUCCUAAGCACUUGCGGCUCAGAUGGAGCAUGCUUCUCAGCGUCAUCCUAGGGGCGACCUGCAUGUCGCUCCUCGCGCUCCAAGCUUGA